CCUCUCUGCUGAAAAACAGAUGCUUGAUUCAUCUUGCAGGUUUGAGACUGGUGGCGAUGAUGUAUAAGGCUCUGGGUUUGGUGGCCCUUUUGCUGGCCUGCUCUGUCCGAGCAGAGGAGCCCCUGCUGUCUGUGGGGGAGCUGCUGGAGAGAGCUAACAGAAACGUUGUUCGUGGUCCUGAUGAGCCGAGAGUCAUAGGAGACAUUGCUGUGGACGACACCGGAAGGAACGCUGAUCCCUGCACCUCUCAAGGCUGCAAGUGGCCCAAGUCCAGUGACGGAUGGGUCUAUGUGCCAUACUUUAUUGCCAACCAUUUCUCCUCCCGUGAGCUGCAGGUCAUUCAGCGUGGUCUAGACUCCUUCUCCACCGUCUCCUGCAUCCGCUUCAUACCACGCACUAAUCAGAGGGAUUACAUUUACAUUCAGUCUCUCAGCGGAUGCUACUCUUACGUCGGACGCCUUGGUUAUGGCCAGACUGUGUCUCUGGACCGCAAUGGCUGCAUCUACCACAACACUGUCCAGCACGAGCUGCUCCAUGCUCUGGGAUUCAACCAUGAACAGACCCGCAGUGACCGUGACAACCACAUCCGCGUAGUCUGGGAGAACAUUAUUGAAAACAUGAAACACAACUUCAACAAGAUCAACACUCUGAACCAGGGAACUCCCUAUGACUACAACUCUGUGAUGCAGUACCACAGAACUGCUUUCUCUAAGAAUGGUCUGCCCACCAUGGUCCCCAUCCCCAACAGCAAUGUGGCCAUUGGUCAGGCAACUCAGAUGAGCAACAAUGACAUCAUCAGACUGUACAGACUCUACCAGUGCUGAACUGAGGAAAUCCCUCUAUCCACCAAACUGACACACCAGGAGAAGACUAAACAUCUAUCACUGCAUAUGACUAAUCCACCAAUGAGGUUAUUUGCCUCAGUGUCUGCUGAUGAUGUACUUGAUGGUCUGUUGAUGACAUAAUUAUGAAAACAAAUUCCUCAAAUAAAUCUGCGCUCAACAUUA